AUGAGCCCGUCCAUUCAGGAGAGUUUCGCCCGGCCGGACCAAUGUGCCAAGGUCCUCUUUGAUGCUAUUGUAGGCCAGGACCAGCGAUCCUUGCCUACGCGGCUGUUGAUGGGUGCUGAGACCAUUUCACUUACUGUGGCCGAAAACAAGAGAGCUUUGGAGGAAAUGCAGCUUUGGAAAAAAGAAACUCUACGAUGUUCACCAGGAGGUGGAGUGAAGGAUGUGCCUGACCUUUGA